AUGGAGUCACUAUAUCUUCACAAGUGCCUGGGGGCAUGCCUAACUCAAGGUCUCGCAGAAGUGGCAAGAGUUCGCCCAGUGGAUCCAAUCGAAUUCUUAGCCUUGUGGAUGUAUAAGUAUAAGGAAAACGUGACCAUGGAAGAACAGAGACAGAAAGAAAUGAUCGAUUUGGAGCAUGAGAGAGAAUUAGCGAUGAUGGAGCAGGAAAUGCUGGAGCGACUCAAAGCAGAGGAACUCUUGUUUCAGCAGCAGCAGCUGGCAUUUCAGCUGGAGUUGGAAAUGCAGGAAAAGGAGAAACAGAAGACAGAACUCCAGGUUGUGGAAGAACAACUAAGUAAGGAGAUGAUGAGCAAUGAAAGCACUGCUAAGGGUGAAGAGCCCAUGCAGUCACUGGAAUCAACGAUGGACAACGCCAAAACCCUAGCAGAAAUCAGUGAUCGGUAUGGUGCACCUAACUUGAGCAGAGUGGAAGAGCUUGAUGAGCCAAUGCUAUCUGAUGUUGCACUAAACAUUGAUCAAGAUUUAUAGGAGCAACCAAUUGAAAAGAAAUAUUUCUGCUGGUUUCAAACUUCAAGUUACAAGGGCCCUAAUAUCUAUUUUUCUUUUUCCAAAUUUGAAUUCUACUCCUCUCCCUGACCCACUAACUUUAUAAAUGGGUUUCAAGUGU